UACUAACGAAUUCGGGAAGCUUUCUUUCCUCAACGUGAGUUACAAGUCAGUUUACAAAACAAACACUCAGAACGUCUCUACAUCGUUUGUUUCAUGAAUAGUAUUUGAAUCAUUCGGACAUGGAUUUGAAAAAGUUUCGCUCUGCAGGGAGAGAAGUCAUUGAAUUUAUUGCAAAUUAUCAUGAUUAUUUGUCUUUACUUCCCGUGACUCCGAUCGUUGAUCCCGGAUACAUGAGAAAACUGGUUCCCGAAGACCCUCCAAAUAAAGGAGAAGACUGGGAUCGUAUCAUGCAAGAUUUGCAAUCCGUCAUUCUGCCAGGGAUGACCCAUUGGCUCCAUCCAAAUUUUUACGGCUAUUUUCCUAGUGGAUUCUCAUACGAAUCGCUUUUGGGAGAUUUUUUGUCCGAAGGAGCGCCAAGUAUAGGAUUCAGUUGGAUAUCCAGCCCUGCUCUUACGGAGUUGGAAGCCAUAAUCCUGGAUUGGUUGGGCGACAUGAUUGGUCUGCCUGAAGAUUUUCUGACUUUCCCAAAGGACAGCCAGGGAGGAGCAGCCCUGCAAAACUCCUGCUCCGAUGCGAAUUUCCUGUGCAUCCUCAUAGCGAGAACCGACAAGGUCUUGAAAAUAAGUGAGGAAAAAUCAGAGCCCGUUUCAGCCAAACUGGCGACAAAUCUGGUUGUUUACUGUUCUAAGGAGAGCCGCGCGUUUGUGGAACGAGUGGCUCGCUUGGCGUUGGUACAGCUGAGAAUUUUAGACACCAACGACAAAUACCAGCUAACCGGAGAACUUCUGGAACGCGCCAUAAAAGACGAUUUGAAAGAAGAUUUGACACCUUUCUUCGUCGUGGCCACUUUAGGAACAUAUUCGUGUACUUCCUGCGAUGCUCUAAGCGAAUUAGGUCCCGUUUGCAAAAAGUAUGACGUAUGGUUGCACGUUGACGCGGCAUAUGCUGGAAAUGCUUUAGUCCUCAAAGAAUACAGGCACUUGUUAGAAGGGAUUGAGUACGCGUCUUCCUUCAGCAUGGACCCAGCUAUGUGGUUGCCAAACAUCACAGAGGGCACGGCUAUGUGGAUCAGAGACAAGCAGAAAAUGAGUCAGUGUUUUGUAGUGGAUCCUCUGUACCUGCACCAUCAGCAUGACGAAAAUAAAAGUGCCAUCGAUUACCGACACUGGAGCAUUCACCUGAGCCGACGAUUCAGAGCUUUGAAAUAUUGGUUUGUCAUGAGGCUGUUCGGGAAAGUGGAACUCCGCAAUUUUAUAAGGAAUCACAUCGAUUUGGCGAAGUAUUUCGAAACACUCUUGAAAAAUGACUCGCGUUUUGAAGUUCUUAACAAAGUUGAGUUCGGCCUCGUCUGCUUCAGAUUCAAAGGUAGCGAUAUUUUGAAUAUCACGCUUUUGAGACAGAUCAACAGCACUAAGAAAUUGUUUCUGACUAAUGUUACGUUGGGAAAUCACUACGUUAUACGGUUUUGUGUGUGUUACCCAAAAGCGACCAAAAAAGAAAUCGACCACGCUUUUGAUAUCAUAAGAGAAACUGCUGAUGAAGUUUUGGACUUGGUUUUUAACCACUUUAACCAAAUUGUAACAUAGUUUUUUUUAAAUCUUUUUGAUUAUAAAAUAAAAUUU